AUGUCUUCGUACUACGAACCACAGGGCUGGCAGGCUCCCUCUGCUACACCACGCCAGGCUUCGUGGGAGCAGCCCGUGCCUCCCUCUCGGUCAGGCUCCAGCUCGGUCUCCCAGCGUGAUGAUAGUCCGGCAUUCUCCUCUCAAUUCGACGAGGUUGACCGCGCGAUCGACAACCUUGUCAAGAGCGGCAAGCUGUGGAAUGCUCCUCGCCGGGACUCGAUGCCUAUGAUGAUGGGCCGGCCCUACCCUGAGUACGACCCGCGCAUGGGCGGCCCCCAGCGCCACCAUUCCGUCAGCGAGUUUGAGAACAACAAUACCAACAACCGAGCGCACCCGUCCGGUAACGCCCAAGGCUUCUAUGCCUCCCAGCGUUACCAGGGUCGGACGAAUGAGGUGGAUCAAAUGAUGCAGGCGAAACGUCGGAUGGCAGCACAACGAGAGCGGGAGCUCCGCAACUAUCACCAGGAGCAGCAGUACAACCGAAGCCUCCUCGCCGAAAUGUCUGCAAGCAAAUCCGAUCGCUCCCUCAGCCCGGCUGCUAUGGGUGAAGAAAACCACCGCGGCCUCUUGCACCGUCAGCACCGCGCCCUGUAUGGCAACGAAAGCCCAGCCUUCUUCAAUACCGGCCCUCUUUCUGAUGAUAACUCCCGGCCUGACAGCCAAGCGGCCACUCCUUCCUCGGCCGGUGUCCGUGGAUCCUCCCCUCGCGCCGUCGAUGCCUUCGGUCUAACUCAGACCCCCGUCGCCGAGUCGACCUCGAGCCUGCAGUCCCCAUCCCGUGCCAAUAGCACCUCGUCGCCGAGUUCCGCCAUCAAUGCCGGCUUCCCCGAUCAGCCCGGUACUGCGACCUCGUCUCCUGGUGGUGCCGACUCGCCUUCCUCCCGACAGGCCCCCUCCAAGCCCGGCACAGGCCCCAUUGGAUCCGUCGGCGUCGGUCCCAUCGGUUCUCGCCCAGUCGCUGGUCAACCCACCGCUUCUCCCUCCAACCCGGCUCUGAACAAACGCUCAACCACCCCUCUCCCUUCUCCUUUGGGAUUCGGCUUCACUCCCGGUGAGGCUGCUGCUUCUCAUGCGGCGGCCACUUCCGCAACCUCCAACCCCGCCGUCGCCGCCCCUGCUGCAUCUGGCCCCAAGGACCCGUCCGCGGGUGGUGUCGGUUUGGGCUGGAGCAACGGCAGCGGUGUCUGGGGUUCCAAGAGUGGUCUUGGUGUCCAGGCCUCUGUGUGGGGUUAA